AUGUCUGAUGAUCAAUGUGAUACGGAUAGCUUUGAAGAUCUUGAACCAGAGCCGUCUUGUAGGAGAAGACGGAGGAAGCCGAAAACUUCCCGUUCUUGUCGGGCAGGAUUGAUAUUCCCAGUCAGCCGGAUCGACCGAUUCCUUCGGAAAGGAGAUUACACCGAGCGCAUCGGCUCGGGAGCUUCCGUCUACAUGGCCGCCGUGCUUCAGUACCUGACCUACGACCUGGUGGACAUCGCAGGGAACAUCGCGAUGGAAGCUGGCCGGCGUCGAAUCGCUCCUGGCCAUUUGCACCAAGCGGUCAGAGAAGAUUCAGAACUCCAGGCUCUGUUUGGAGGGGUCUUGACUCAGGAGAAGACCUGUCCAAGGAAGGCGCCUGUUGCCUCCCCCCGAAAGGGGAAGAAAUCCAGCAAGGGCCUACGAGCUCCAAACGCCAUUGUUGCGUAA